CAGCUGUGCUCGGGUUGUGCUGCCAAAGGGCGCCGCAUUUGGCCGCCGCGCGCCCAAGAUACGCACUCGGGACCGGUUCCAGUGCCAAGGGCUUUCAAGAACACAUACUUUGCUAAGGUUCGGAGCAGCGCUGCGAUCGCUGCGGCAGUAUAUUCACCGCCUGAGCGAUUUGACAGGAAAGACACCCAAGCGCGGGAUAUACCAAAAAACGAUAGCGCAGACCCGCAGAUCCGCCGCAAAAGUCGCACGGCUCACCGAACAAGCUGCUGCGCGAAUCUCCCGCGCAUUUGAGCCCAGCGCGGCCGCGUCGGAAAUCCGCGCCGUUCGAACGAUUAUGGCGUCCGACGACGAGGCCGCGCCGGCCGCCUUCGACGACGAGGACGCCACACGGCUGGCCAAGAAAAUGAAGGUCGAUGAACUCCGCGCCGCCCUCGAGGCGGCGGGCGCGGACACCGAGGGUACGAAGCCGGCGCUCGUCGAGCGAUUGGUCGCCGCGCAGCGCGCCGCGGCCUCGCCACAACCGAUGGAGGAGGACAGCGACGCUGACGCGCCGAUGGAGGCCCGCAACGGCCACGACAGCGGCGACGAGGCCGAGGAGGACGAGGCCGAGCCGGCGGCGUUCGACGAGGAGGAAGCCACGCGGCGGGCCAAGAAAAUGAAGGUCGAGGAGCUCCGCGCGGCGCUCGAGGCCGCGGGCGAGGACACGGAGGGUACGAAGCCCGUGCUCGUCGAGCGCGCGGUCGCCGCGGCGCGCGCCGCGGCCGAGGAGGAGAACUCCGGCGAGUACGGCGAAGAAGGCUACGACAGCGACGAGGGCUACCCCGUCGAGGAGGGCGACGAUAUCGACGUCGGCGCCAGGCUGCUCGGCAAAUUCAGUGGAGACGGCCGGUACUACGAUUGUGUGGUAGAAGAGGUGACGGAGACGGGCUACCAGGUCUUGUUCACGGAGUACGGCGACAGCGAAGAAUUAUCAAGGGAGCGCCUGCGCUACUACGCCGCCGAGGACGACUCUUGCGCCGGCGACGAGGAGGGCUACUUCGUCGAGGAAGUUGUUGAAGGCGCCGAGCUGCUCGGCCGGAAGUCUGAUGAUGGCCAGUACCACAACGUUAUGGUCGAAGAGGUGACGGAGGCGGGCUGCAAGGUUUUAUUCACAGAAUUCGGCGACGACGAGGAGAACCGCGCGGAACUCCCUCUGGAAAAUCUGCGCUACCCUUACGCCGCCGAGGAGGAGGAAGAGGAGGGCUACGACGCGGAGGACGGCUACUACGACGAUAGUAACGACGAGGCCAUCGCCGUGGGCGCGGAGCUGAGCGGCAAGUUCAGCGGAGACGGCCUCUACUACGACGUGGUCGUCGAGGAGGUUACUGAGAAUGGCUACCAGGUCCUGUUCCCGGGGGGCCCGAUCCGCGAGGUUGUUCCAAGGGAGCAACUGCGGCCGCGUCCUACUGAAAACGACGAGUUCCGCUAUUAUGACGAGGAGGGGGGUUAUUAUGAUGAACAAGGUCAUUACUACGACGCCGAGGGGAACCAGUACGUCGUAACCGAGGAGGACGGAGCCGAGGAGGACGACGGCGACGAGGUGGGCUAUUUUAUCCAGGAGGGUCAAGAGAUCGCGGUCGGCAAUGUGCUGCUCGGCAAGAAGUCUGAUGAUGGCCAAUACCACAAUGUUAUUGUAGAAGAGGUGACGGAGUCGGGCUACAAGGUCCUGUUUACGGAGCACGAGGGCGAAGACGGCGACCGCGAGGAACUGCCGCGCGAGCACCUGCGCUACUACUACGAGGAGGACUACGCCGACGACGAGCCGGGCUACCCCGUUGAGGAGGGCCACGACAUCGCGGUCGGAAAUAACCUGCUCGGCAGAAGUGACGGCCGGUACUACGACGUUAUUGUCGAAGAGGUGACCGAGACGGGCUACAAGGUUUUAUUCACGGCAACCGGCGACCGAGAGGAACUCCCACGGGAGCGCCUGCGCUUCUACGACGGCGACGAGGAGGGCUACUUCGUCGAGGAGGGUGCGGCCAUCGCGGUCGGCGCCGAGCUGCUCGGCCGGAAGUCUGAUGAUGGCCAGUACUGCAAUUGUGUGGUAGAAGAGGUGACGGAGACGGGCUGCAAGGUCUUGUUCACGGCGUACGACGAUGGCGAGGGGAACCGCGCGGAACUCCCGCGGGAGCACCUGCGCAUAGCUUACCCCUACGAGGAGGGCGACGACGACGACGACGAGGAGGAGGAGGGCGACGAGGAGGGUUACUUCGUCGCGGAGGAGGGCAUACCGGUCGGAGCCGAGCUGCUCGGCAGAAAAAGUGACGACGGCCAGUACUACGACGUCGUCAUCGAAGAGGUGACGGAGACCGGCUACAGGGUGCUCUUUACGGCGUACGAGGGUGAAGACGGCGACCGCGAGGAACUCCCGAUCGAGCACCUGCGCUACUAUUAUCCUGAUGAGGAGGGCGACGGCGACGACGACGACGAGGAGGGCGACGGCGACGAGGAGGGCUUGUUCGUCGAGGAGGACUGCGACGACAUCGCGGUCGGCGCCGAGCUGCUCGGCAGAUGGAGUGAGGACGGCGAGUACUACGACGUCGUCGUCGAAGAGGUGACGGAGACCGGCUACAGGGUACUCUUCACCGCGUACGAGGGUGAAGACGGCGACCGCGAGGAACUCCCGAUCGAGCACUUGCGCUAUUAUUACCCCGACGAGGAGGGCGACGACGACGAGGGCGAGGAGGAGGGCGCCGACGAGGACGCGGCGCCGAGCGAGGACGGCCUGGCCGUCGGCGACGACGAGGGGCCCACGUUCCGCGUCGGCGACGCCGUCGUCGACGGCAAGACGGGCGAGGUCGGCGAGGUCGUCGGCAAGGUGCCGGGCUGGUGGAAGAUCCGGAUCCCGAGCUCCGCCCAGGUCCAGUCGCGGCGGGAGAAGGACCUCACGGCCGCGGGCGAGGGCGACGAGGGCUCUGACGAUAUCAACGUCGGCGCCGAGUUGUUGGGGAGAUGGAGCGAAGACGGCGAGUACUACGACUGCGUCGUCGAAGAGGUGACGGAGACUGGAUAUCUAGUUUUGUUCACGGAGUACGGCGACCGCGAGGAACUCCAGAUUGAUGAUUUGCGGUGGUAUGACGACGAGGACGAGGAGGAGGAUGGCUACGGUACUGAUGAUUGCUACUCCAUCGAGUCGAGUGACGACAUAGACGUAGGCGCCGAGCUGCUCGGUAAGUACAGUGACGGCCUCUACUACGAUUGUGUGGUCGAAGAGGUGACGGAGAAUGGAUACAUUGUGCUCUUUACCGAGUAUGAUGAAAGAGAAGAAUUAGCAAGGGAGGACCUGCGCUGGUAUGAAGACGAAGACGAGGAGGAGUAUGAGGACGAGGUAGCAUCGUACGAGGAAGAAAAGCCCCCCGAGCGCGGCUCGCGGCCCGGCGAGGUCGUCCAGGAAGCUCCAGAGCCGAAGGAGGCGGGCGACGGCGACGGGGAAGAGCCAGAACAUAAAGAGGCGAAGUGGGGGGGACCCUUGACCGAGGGCGGCCACGACGAUCCUCGCGCCGAUACCACACCUAGAGAUGAUUAUGGGCGACGGCUGAAAGGUUCGAGGCUGCUGGAGUACAUGGACCAGGGGCCGCUUGGGGCCGAUGCGGUCUACUAUAGGUAUAGGCGGGGUCCUCCUGACGAGGACGUCGAGGAACUGGAAGGUGAUGCGGUGAAUGAGGCUCUACGAAUACCGGCCUGGCCGCCGGCUCCACUACUACCACUGUCAAAUGAGGAGUAUAACCAGCGGCCCGAACAACCGUCAUCAGAAUACGAGAAUUGUGCUGGCGACUUUGCGGAGGGUGAUGAGGAUAGGACCGUGGAGUUGUGGGACCCUUCUGAUGAUAAGAAGCGCAAGAGUCGUGUGGAGAGGGAAUUACCCAGUAUUAUGCCAAAUGAGGAGGGUCCUCGGGGCUCGAGGAAAGACGACGACGCCGUCUAUGCAGCCGACCGGGUAGAAAAGGAAGCGACUCAGGAUCCGAAGGUGCUUGCGUUGAGACGGUUGCGGGUCGGCCAACGCGUCGAUUACCGGGACCCCGUCGGCGGGUGGGGCCAUUCUGGAGGCGUCAUCGUUGGGGAAGUCGGUCGUACUACGUGGGACGUGGAACUCGAUCGCGGCGGCAUCCUGCGAGAUGUCGAUGAGCGAGACCUCAAGAAACUCAACAAGAAGCAACAGGGUAUCUUGGAGAACGCGUGGGAUCGGGGACCGACGGAUAUGUGCGCAUCGACGGCGUUUUUGCUGGGGCAGCACGAUCAUAAUAGAGCAUCAGUACCAGUACCUGAGCGGUUGCGGUGCUUUGCGUGCGAGGGGUGUCUGGCGACGCCGUGCGGGGAAUGCGCGCCUUGUAAAGACGAUCGCGCGAACGGCGGUCCGGGAAAACUUCGACGAGUGUGUGUCCGGUGUCGGUGCAAGGAAGCCAGCGAGGUCGCGGCGUCGGCGCUGGCGCGUGCCGGGAGGUAUCGGCAGGCGCCGCAAGCCCCGCAGAUCCUCGAGCAGCUCGAGGACUACCUGCAAAACUGCGGCGGUGCCGCGGGUAGUGCCGAUGGGUGGACCAUUGAUGUGGUCGAACGCAAGGGCGGCGAGACGGCAGGCGGCCACGACGUCUACUACUUCCCGCCCGACGGCGGCAAGCGGUGCCGGAGUCGCGCUGAAGUGGCUCGUGCCUUGGGGCUGCAGCCGGCGAAAGGGAAAAAAUAUUCUAGCAAAUCUAAGAAAUAGCACAU